CCUCACCAGUUCCUCCUUGCCUCAGACGCCCACCACCGACCUUCACAGCCGUAUGCACAUCCCCUCCAUAUUCAUUUGAUGAGGUGGACGGACAAUGUGGAAACAUCAUGCUGCUGACCACCUCAUCUUCCUACCCACCCGACUGUGAUUAUGGUGACCGCAGUGUCGGUACACCGUGGUAACCCUACCUUGAGUGUUGCUCCCACCCAGAAUACCGCCCCCGUCCACGAAUUCCGCUGUCUGUAUACUCGUGAUCUACACAAGAAGGCAAAGAAAUGGCACGAUGGCUCCCUACGCUUUCAUACCUUCAACCGACGCGUCAUGGUCUACGAUGACGCGAAGAAUUAUAUCGGCGACCUUCACUAUACGAAAGAGGAGGAAUUUGGUGAAGGUGUAGAAAUACAACUCGACCGAGGUGUCAAAGUCGAAGUUGGCGAACGUUUGGGAGAGACUGAGACCGAUUUAGCUCCAAUACUCGAAAGGCAGCGACCAGAGAAGGCUACACCACAAAAAAGACCAGCAGGAGGUUUCGGUGCUCAAUCGUUGUCGUCAAUCCCUUCUCAGAGGCCCAAGUCAUUGCUUGAGGUCCUCGGACCAUCGCAAGGACGCUUGGGACGUUCACGGUUACCCCUACAAUCGCCAUACGAGCAGAGGCAGGCAACUUUCCGCCCAGAGCCGAACGAGCCUCCUCCAAAAAGACGCAGACUAUCCAAUGAUAAAGAAAAUCGUCCCGGUGAGAGCGUUCGAGUUGCCACGCCUAGUAAGCCUUGUAUACCUCAGCCUAUUCGAUCAAACAACCUUGAAAGAUCACCACUUGUUCAGAAAGCUCCUCCGACAAGGCCUCGUCCCGUGGUAGAGAUUUCAUCAGACGAGGAAUGCGAUCAUGAUCGAAGAACGCAGUCAAGGACCAAUGUUGUAUCGUCCUUCGAGCCCCCGGGAGCCAUUGGAAGGUCUCAGAGAGCCUCCGAAUCAACACUGAUGCUGCAAGAAAGAAAAUGGUCCAAGACGAAUGCUCUCAAAGCUCAGACAACGAGACCAACUCCGCGAGACACCACCAAACAGCUCGUGACCGAGCCCAAAACCGGGGCCAUAUUGACCAAACCUCGCCUUUCUAUUCAGCGUAAAGCACGUUUGCUGUUAGGUCGGCCGCGACCCAAAUCAAAGUUGCUGGUUUUGCAACCUUUUCAGACACCUGACUUGAGACUCCAUGCCGGUACACCGGUUGAAAGAGCGUCACCUCGUGAAGAAGCGCGCAGUCCUACUCCUCUGCCGCCCAUAUCAGAUGACGAACUGGACAAUGUCCCUCACCCCACCUACCGAGAAUCUCCUAGGCACCCCAACAUCAAAUCUAGUCCUCGUCAAGCUACUGCGGGCAGUAAUGGAACAGACAUCAUCGCCUCAAGCCCUCUUUUCCUACCCGAGGAUGGGAACAGAGAACCCAGACUACCCACGCCGCCUCCAAUGCCAACUCAAGAAGAAUUUCCCUUCCUAGCAAUGACCAUGAACGAGCUAGAACAGCACGAGCGUGUGGAAAACAAUCAUCGAAAUUUUGUUCUGGAAAGUACCUCCGUGGAAGAACGAUUGCACAAUGUACCUGAGUUGGACAUAGCGGACCUGUUCUCAUCAAGUACUCCACCGGCUGAAGCUCUAGGGGAAGCCCAGCCACCCUCCGUGGUUUUAACGGGUCCUACUCUGAUGCCUCACACACGAGACUUCCGUAGAGUCUUUUCGGAAAACGAUGCUGUCGUGGAAGAUGAUGCCGUUCAAAACCCAGGUCAAACCAGUCUCGUGCCCCGAAGCCCGCUGAAGAUUCUGAAUGAUUUGUCAACUAGACAAACUAGUGUGAAAUCCAAGAGUCCUCAAAAAUUCCAACGUUGUGCAUCCGACACUGCCGCAUUGAAGGACCCGAUUGAAGAAUUUCCCACCAAAGAACAUGGGCAGGAUCAAGAAGGGCAGACUGGGCCUUGGACAUCCGACGAAGCUUUCCUGUUGUUUGACUGGUGGCCACCUGGGAUGGAGAAGCCAGAGUACUGGGCUGCUACUGUUGAAAAGCCAUCCGCUCCCGUCGCUGUUGCAGCAGCGGGUGGUCCUAUAUCAGGAUACCCGAGCAUGAUAACCACAGCGAGGCAGUUUUUACGUGAUGAUGCUAAUGCGUUAUGACCCGUCUAAUGAUUGAUGAAAAGAACCAGCUGAAAGAUGUAUCAUAGAUAUGAUUUCGUGUAGAACAGUUCAAAAUGGGAUACUGGUACCGAGGUUAUUGGACCUGUGUCUCUGUUCCACCCCAAGGGCUUGUACAUU